AGCGCUACAUUAAAUUGGAAGCAAAGACCCAUUUGUUGGUGUGCAUAGCUCAUUGAUUGAUCGAGUGAUGCAUGCUCUACACAACAAAGAAGACCACAUCCCACGCUCACAAACACAGAGAAAGAGAGAGAGAGAGAGAGAGAGAGAGAGAGAGAGAGGGUUUCUUGUUAUGAUUGCGUGACUCGAAGGUAAGUCUUCUCUUUUCCUUUCCUUUUCGUGAGAAAAAUGCAUGAGUCAACUCUGCACGUUGUUGUUGCAUGAAGAAGGAAGGAGGGAAGGAAGGAAGAAUGGAGGUAGAAGAAAUGGAGUACCUGUAGCUUUGUAUUUAAUAGAAGCCAUUGACGCCUUCCAUUUCCCUCUAUAUUAAGGCUGGCGUUCUUCUUGGAUGUGGAGCAUUUCCGCUUGGUUGUGGAUUCAGAGGGAGGAGGAAGGAUGAGCUGCAGCCGGAGAAGCGAGAAGGUGGACCUGAAGCUGAACCUCUCGCUGCUGCCGACCGCCAGCGGCCGCGACGAGGCCUCUCCUCAGGGGUACGCUUCGUCCUCAUCGUUGUCGUCCCCGAGCUCGUGCUUGUCCUCGGAGGCUGAGCUGGGGCUGACGUCCCCGGUCAGCCCCACGGCGGCGCCGUCCAUGGUGCUCGCCGGCUGCCCGCGCUGCCUCAUGUACGUCAUGCUCUCCGCCGCCGACCUCAGGUGCCCCAAGUGCGGCAGCACCGUCCUCCUCGACUUCUACGGCGGCAGCGGCGCCGCGGUCACCACCACCACUGCCACUGCCACUGCCACCAAGAACAAGAAGAAGGCCAGGAUGAGCUAAGAUUGUUAGCAUGUCUCUUCAAUGUAAAUGGGACACCUUUGUGUUUGCUUCUGCAAGAGUCAAAAAGGUUUUCCACAACAGCAAGUCUCUAUCUCUGUGUUUGGUCUUAAUACUGUGAUGCAGGAUUCAUGAAACGAGCACUUCUCUUCAUAUUAGUGCUCGGAUUAGAUUUGUAGAAAUAGCUGAAAGGAGAAAUGAUGCAUUCAAGAAAUCCUUACAAUAAUAUAAUUCAUGGAUGCAAUGAAAAAAGACAUAUUUCUGAAGCUAUAUAAAGAGAGAUUUAUGUAUAACACAGAUUGUUGUGUAAAAUGAGAUGCAGUCUGGAAGAUUAGGGACACUGAAAACUUAAUGGAAAUCAAUCAAAAAAGAGAAUUUAAUGUGCUAGCAAUGGACAGACAGAGUUGAGAAUAUUAUUUGUGUAGAUAAGAUAAUAAAUACAAUCCAUUUGCACCCCUCACCUUUCUCUCUUCUUCUUCUUACACUCCACUUUGGAUAUAUACAAAGCAACAUUAUUGAUUGCAUGUUGUUGGUGUUCCACAGUUGAACAACAGCUCAGCUUUUCUUCCUUCUUCACCUCUCUGUAUAAAUCCAAAAAAA